UUAGCAAAAUGAUGCCAGGCGCGACACUUGUUUGGUUGAAUUUGAUCUUCGUGCUGUACUGUGUUUUGGCAGCCGCGGAGAAAGUAAUGCGCCCCAAUUUCAAGGAAGUCAAGGUUUGGAGUGAUGAGAAGCAUGUUUCGCAUAAAAUGUCCUUCGAUCCGACAGAUCCGCAUUUGAAUUUUACGCUGCACGUGUUGAAGGACCUCCAAGACGUCGAUAUCCAUACAGAGAUUCGUUUCGUACAGAAAAACGAUCCAACUUAUCAUUUCAUGACAAACACCACUAUGAAUUUGUGCCGUCUAUUCAGUUGGCGUAAUCUAUCACCGAUUGGUUCACUCAUUUAUAACUAUUUGAAUCAGUAUGGAAAUUUGAUUGAGAAAUGCCCGAUUGUGAAGGGUGAAUACUACAUACAUAAGUUCUGGUAUCCCGAAGAUGCCACAGUUUCCACGCUGCCCGAAGUGGAUUUCGAAAUAAAUUUCGCAGCCUACCAUUUGGAUGGUAAAAAACGUGAGCUGAUCAUAAAUGAUCGUAUAAUAGGCGAAGGAGUGGUACAAGAAGUGAGCAAUUACAAACCUGGUCUCCUGGCAAUGCUGCCCAAGGCGGGUUAAGUG